CCAUUGUUGCCUUUGUAAUUUCUUCGGCCAUGGGCUCGGUCUGCAAUGACUUCCUCCUCGUGGCGGCGGUGGUGUGGGUGGUGGUGUCCAGCGGCGGAGCGCAGGCGCAGCUGUCGCCGGCGUUCUACGCGACGACGUGCCCUAACUUGCAGGGUGUGAUAAGGUCGGUGAUGACGCAGGCCGUCGGCCGGGACUCCCGCAUGGGCGCCUCCAUCCUCCGCCUCUUCUUCCAUGACUGCUUCGUCAACGGCUGCGAUGCAUCCGUCCUUCUGGAUGACACGCCGACGAUGAUCGGCGAGAAGAACGCCAUGGGCAACGCGAACUCCCUCCGCGGAUACGAGGUCAUCGACGCCAUCAAAUCCCGGGUGGAGGCGGCGUGCCGGUCGACGGUGUCCUGCGCCGACAUCCUCGCCCUCGCUGCCCGCGACGCAGUCAACCUGCUCGGAGGGCCGUCGUGGACGGUGCCGCUGGGCCGUCGAGACGCGAGGACCGCGAGCAUGGCCGCGGCGAACGCCAACCUCCCGCCGGCCUCCGACAGCAUCGGCAACCUCGUCGCUAGGUUCGCCUCCAAGGGCCUCAGCCUGCGGGACCUGACGGCGCUCUCCGGCGCGCACACCGUCGGUGCAGCGAGGUGCAGCAGCUUCCGGCCCCACGUCUACCGCGACGCCAACGUCGACCCCGGGUUCGCGAUGUUCAGGCGGCGGAUCUGCCCGGCGUCAGGCGGCGACUCCAACCUCUCCCCGCUCGACCCCACGAGCCCCAACCGCUUCGACGUCAGCUACUACCGGGACCUGAUGGCCCGGAGGGGGCUGCUGCACUCCGACCAGGAGCUCUUCAACGGCGGGCCGGCGGACAACCUUGUGCGGCUCUACAGCUCCAACGGCGGGGCCUUUAACAGGGACUUCGCGGCGGCCAUGGUGAAGAUGGGCAACAUCGGCCCCUUGACAGGGUCAGCUGGGGAGAUCAGACUUAACUGCCGGAGGGCCAACUGAGGAAGACGACGACGAUGUAAUCCUACUGCAGGAAUACAUACCGUAGAAGAAAUCUGGGUCAAAUUUAAUUAUUUAUUCAAUUAUUAAGCAUGGAAGAUAAAAAUUAUCUUAUUUGGAUUGCGAAUGUGGAAAAUGGAGUUGCUCUACUUUUCUUUCUGAGAUUAUUUAUGUCAAAUUUUAAUCCAUCAGUCAACUACUCUUGUGCUCAAAUUGCCUUCAAUUGCAUCAUUAAUUGUGACAUUUAAUUGUAUCAUCAUAUGCUCAAUUCCUCAUUCA